GGUAUUUCGUCUAGUCGUUUGAGAUGGCAGAAGACGGGAAGUUCCGAAUUGAGAAGUUCGAUGGUACAGAUUUCAGUUGGUGGAAAAUGCAAAUUGAAGAUUUGCUGGUUCAGAAAGAUUUGGACGUGGUAUUGGGUGACAAGCCAGAAAAGAUGUCGGAUGCAGAUUGGGCAGGUUUGGAUCGGAAAGCUAUGUCCGUGAUCCGUCUCUCGUUGACCAAGAAUGUUGCGUUCAACAUUCUGAAGGAGAAGACAGCGAAGGGAAUUAUGGACGCGCUGUCUAACAUGUACGAGAAGCCAUCUGCAGCGAACAAAGUUUUUCUGAUAAGAGAGCUGGUGAACACAAGGAUGAAAAAUGGCACUUCAGUUACCGAGCAUAUCAACAAGUUGAAUUCGAUCUUAGCCAGACUUUUGUCAGUGGGCAUUAAGUUCGAUGAUGAAGUUCAAGCUUUACUACUGUUAUCAUCAUUGCCUGACACUUGGUCCGGAACUGUUACAGCAGUUACCAGUUCAGCGGGACCUGACGGAUUCACUUUUGAGAAGAUUCGUGACCUCGUUCUUGGCGAAGAUGUCAGAAGAAGGAGUUCUGGUGAGUCUUCGGAAGAAUCACUAAAUAUCGUCAGAGGUAGAGGAAAUAACAGAGGUAGUGGGAGCAAGAAUAGACAAAGGAGUCGAUCGAAGACUCGGGAUAGCUCAGGCGUAACAUGCUGGAAGUGCAAGGAGGUGGGGCAUUUCAGGAAUCAGUGCCCGAAAGAGGUUAAGCAAGUGAACAUUGCUAGAGGCUCCGCGAGUGACGAGGAUUUGUUUAUCUGUUGUGCGGAGAGCAGUGUAGAUUCCUGGGUCAUGGAUUCUGGUGCUUCAUUUCAUGCUACCCACAGCGGUGAAGCAUUGCAGAAUCUAGUUGUUGGGGACUUUGGAAAGGUACGACUAGCAGACGACGGAGCUCUUGAUGUGACGGGCAUGGGUGACAUAGUGUUGAAGACCCCUGUCGGUUUCUGGACUUUAAAGGAUGUCAGAGUGGUUCCAGCCUUGAAGAAAAGUUUGAUUUCUGUUAGGCAAUUGGACGAACAGGGACACGAGGUGAAGUUCGGAAAUGGGCAGUGGAAGGUUGUGAAGGGAAAUCUUGUCAUGGCCCGUGGAAGGAAGAGAGGUUCGUUGUAUAUGGUCGAGUUACCAUCUGAGGGAGUGACCGUCCCAAUUCAGAAGAAAAACGAAGUCCGGUUCACAGAGUCUCGUGGGCAGAAGAAGGUUUUCUAUGCAAGAAAGAAACCCAGAGCCACAGGUCAGACUCAGGAUGAACGAGCGAGGAAAGGUUCAAUGAGGCCAGUCAGAGGUAUCUGUGGCAGUGGGAGCACAGGUUUUACUUCAGCCAAGGNGGAAGCUAGGUGGAAGCUAACAGGAAAUUGGCAGGAAGCUACCUAGAAGCUUACGGCUUAAUCAUUGUCUCCCUAACUAAUCUCUAUUUAAGAGAUGCUAAUGUGCUUGUAAUGGUGUGCAACAAAAAUAAUAAAAUCCUCCUAGUUGCCCCGUGUGGACGUAGGUUGCAGUUGGCGGCCGAACCACGUUAAAUCUUGUGUCAUUUAUUUUUCUGCAGUUGAUUCGUGAUUGUGUGUUGUUUCCGCGUGCGUUUAUUCCCAACAUUCUGAAAUAAAAGUGUUUGAAGAAAUUUGAAAUGACGGU